GCAACAGUGCCCUGGCCCUGUGGUGCCAGCACACUGGGGCUGGGGCAGAGCCAGGCAGUGCCACCACCAAGCGCAGCACCACAGCGAUGAGGAGCAGCACCCCCACACCCCCAAACCCCUGAGCACAGCCACACUCACAGCUACAGGGGAGCCUGUGCUUCCACUGGGAGGGGAGGACCAGCAAAGCAGGACACGUCCCUGACAGCAGCAUUCCACAAUGGAGCUCUACGGCUAUCCCUUAAAAGCAAAGUUUACCUAUCCAAAACCACCCCCCAGCAAGAUCCUGCCUGCCACCAGCACAGUGGCUGCAAGCUACAAGAACCGGAUUCCUUACCAGCCGGAGAGCAUCAGCCUCCCCUGGAUGCCCAACGCCUACUACAAAGCAGCUGCCCUCAACCCAACUCUGGCUCCCCUUUCCGAAAGCUUCCCAGGGUUACCCCCCACCAAGAUAAUUCCCUUCAUUUCCGAGAGGCCGGACGGUGUCUUCACCCGGCACACCCUCGACGACUGGCACAGGUCCAACAUGACCAACUACAAGGAGUCGGAGACCACGCGGCACAACGCGGAGCGCCUGAGGGCCGACCUCAACCGCACCAUCAAGGACGUGUACCAGCAGGCCAAGAGGACCCAGGGGGAGAGCACCAAGAACCUGGGAGAACGUGUCAAUGACAUAGAGUAUUGGAAGUCGGAGCUCUGCCUCGAGCUGGAUGCCAUGAUCAGGGAGACCAACUCCCUGACAGACAUGCAGAAGCGGCUGGAGAGAGCCUUGGCCGACACCGAGGGCCCCUUCCAGGUCGCUCACAAGUGCUUGCUUAACCGGGAGAAGAGGAUGGGCAUCGACCUAGUCCAUGACGACGUGGAGAAACAGCUCAUCACAGAAAUCAAGAUCAUCAGGUCCGUCCGGGAGAGGCUCCAGCAGUGCCUGAGCACCGUGAAUGCCCAGCUCAUGUGCAACAAGGAGGCCCGGCAGGAGCUGGAGAAGGACCUGGCUGACAAGCAGAUGGGCCAUCACAUCGACAACAAGUGCUACCAGCUGAAGAACACCUCCAGAGGCAUCCACUACUACCGAGGGGUGGAGCGGAUCGAUGCCACGAUCUCGGUGCCGGAGACGUGGGCCAGGUUCACGGACAACAACAUCUUCCGCUCCCAGAGCCAGCGGGCGACCUCGGCCAAGCUGCGGGCGAGCACGGAGAGCGUCCUCAUGGGCACGGCCGACGAGAUGUGGCGCCAGUUCAGCAAGGUCAACGACGCCUUCACCAGCCGCAUCACCGAGACCGCCAACGCCAAGAGCAAGAUCCAGACCCACCUGGCCAAGACACGGCAGGAAAUCUUCCAGAUCGAGACGAAGAUACAAGUCAUCCAAAAAACCAUAAAGGACAAAGAGGUUCAGUUGAAAGUGGCUCAGACCCGGCUGGAUGAGCGCACGAGGAGACCAAACGUGGAGCUGUGCCGGGACACUGCCCAGAUCCGCCUUGUCCAAGAGGUCAAUGAAAUCAAUGAGACACUCAGGAACCUUCACCAGUGCCUCCGAGCCUCCGAGGACAUGCUGCAAAUGCUGGUCCGUUCCAAGGCUGUCUUGGAGCACGACCUGGUCAUCAAGAACAACUCGCUCUUCAUCGACCAGGAGAGGUGCAUGGGGAUGCGCAAGACCUAUCCCAGCACCGUGCAGAUCCUGGGAUAUGUCUCAGCAGGGCUCACCUGAACACAGGGAGUAUCUGCCGGGGGACACAUUCCCAGUUUUGUUACGGUUCUUUGCAAAUAGAUUGUUACGAUUUCA